AACUCUAGUAAGAAGUUACAUCAGCAUGAGGUCCCCUCUUGGACUUAAAAUGUGAUGAAUUACAUUUUGAUUUAUUGAUGCCAAACUUAAGAAGAAUAGCAGCCUUGUAACCUUUUGAAAUUAACUACAAAAUUCUGCUCUUGUCACAGUUGGUUAGGUCUUUAGGCAAAAUGUAAUUGUUGUUCCAUAUCAGUUUCUAGCUAUACCUUGCUGAUUUUCAAGGUAAAUUAUGUUGCCUGUAUUUUUUUGAUUCACUUGAUGAGAUAGUAAAUCAGUUAGUUCCUGUUAUCUGCUGUUGGUGAGAAUUUUUGAAAUUAAUCUUUACUGACUAUGCUCUUAGGACCUUGUUUGAAACUUGGUCCCUUGUGAUAGUGUGCUUGGUAUUGGGUGUGGAAGGAUGUAUAAGGCCUUCCACAUUAGGUCUAUUUGUUUGAGUAUUCAUCCGGGCAUUCAUACAUGAAUGCAAACAUGGACAUACAUGAGCAUAUACAUGGGCAUUCAUGCAUGCACACAUGGGCAUUCAUACAUGCAUGCAUAAAGGCAUUCAUUCAUACAUGCAUAUGCAUGCAUUCAUCCGUUCAUGAUUUUGAGUAUCCGAGUGAUGUUUAUCCGUCUCGGAUGGAGUUCCAUCUUUUAGUUGGACUCAUCAUUAGAUUCCUUGUUAUGUGGUUGUGUUUGAUGAGUGCCGGGUCUUGAUUUGAGUCAAGGGCACCACAUAAUCACGCCAAUAACUCUUGAGUUUAAUUACUUGUGUUAAGGUGUGAAGUUAUCUCCCGCUUCCCAAAUAGCCAUUGGGGAGGGUGGAGAUUGAGAUUGUUGUUGGCUUUUUAGGGCGGUGAUGAGUACUCAUCCCUGUGAAGUGAAUCUGAUUAUUGUACCUUUGUAAUUGUUAGCCGUGUAUUUGAGAUUGAUUUUCUUGUUAUUGUUGUUGUUGAUGCUAAUGCUGCUACCUAUUUUGUGUUUAAAAUUGGUGUGCAGAAUGUGGUCCUUGUUUAGAUUGUUUAGUUUGAUAUAAAUUGUCAUUCUAGAGUGACAUUUGUUUUGUUUUCAGCCUGACUUUUAAAGUAUUUAACCAGUUUUGUGACAGCUAUCCAGUUGUUUCUUUGUUAGGAAUCCUUGUUGGUUUACUUGCAUCUAGUUACCUACAAAGGGUCCAGCCAUGAAACCUGUAGAGCUAUGAUGCCCCUCUUCUAGAGCUUGCCUUGUUUGUGGAUUAUUAUUGGGAAUCACCAAAUGAAAUGGUGCAAAACCCAAACCAUACCCUUUAGGGUUGCAGAACAUUUGGGUGGUUAUAUGCCUCCUGUGUGGUGCUACAGUGUCCUUUGCCACAAAUGAAAGAGUUGUUAGUUCAAGCGUCUUCUCUAGGACAAAAUGGCGCUUUUAAGGAUAUGCUUGAGAUGGACUAUUGAGCACAUUUUAUCCCUUAUUGGAAACCUAAUCUUUUGGACUUUGUAUAUAUGUCCCCCUAAUCUAGGAAUUUACCUU